GCGACUGUUGGUUCGUUGCCACAUCGACCGUCCCCCUCCCUGUCAUUCUGUUCUACCUGAUACGACACAUCGCACUCUAGAGCGCAUCUCGUCCGGUCUCGUUCGUCCUUGCAUACUCCCAGCUGUUCACACGGAUACUGGCCUUCAUAUUUGACACGGGCGUCGUGUUAUCAACCGUGUAAACGGUCUCGGUCGCGAUGCCAUGGCUAUCUGUUUUGAAAGUCUUGCUUGUCUGACUCCAUACGCUAUCUUUGCCGCUCCUGGUCUCAUUGGCUCCCGUCCGGGUAUGCUCACCUUCGAUCUUCCGAGAAAUGCGCGCGGCGCAUGAACUCCGAAAGGUCCAUUGCUCUCUUUCAUCCCAUAGCAUUCAGUAAGUCAGGGUGGAUGGUGGAGGGCAUUGGUCUGCAGGCACGGUCGUAAGUCUUAGUACUGCCGUUGUCACACUUAAGAACCACGGACCGAAGCACUCAGAGCUCUGCGUGCCCCCUCCAUGUUAGGGCCAAAGUCAUCGUUGUGAUGUGCAAUUACCUCGCCUUCGCUGCGGUAUCCCCACUCCGUUGUCCCGCGGCAGACCAUAUCCAGGUCUCGACCGAGUAGGAGACAGUUUCACGUUCCUCAAGUGCAUCCCAUAUGAACGUCGGCAGGGCCUGGGUCACUAGGUGAGUCGAACCUUUCUUGCCCGCUCGUGACCGGAUGGCAGAAGCACGCUCCAAGCAGUAGACAGACGCAAUCGAGACUGGCUCAGGCGACGGCACGGUGCAACGCAGACUACAGCACGCUCAUGGCUCCUUCGCGGUCGACCGCGUUUGUUGCUCCUGGCCAAACUUCAAACAAUGCGCGUGCUGCGAAUCACUGCGCCGCGGUGCCUUGAAAAUACCAAACACCAUCACCGCGCAGCGCGCAGAGAGCUCUGCAGCUACUUAGACCUGUGGCCUUCUACUCUUCGCGAGACGCAGUCCUCCGUCAGGUCCACUCCAACGGCGCUGAUCACACACGCCGUCUCGCUGGAGACCUUCGUGCUCCACGCAACUCGUGCUCCUUGCCAGCACAACGUGCCUCGAAUCCCUUUGUCCUAUGGCCAUCAUACGGGCCUAUUCCUGUUGGGCCGAAAUGGAAGGGUGCCGCCGCUGCAACAUAGCCACCAUGCCUGCGCGAAAAGGAACGCUGUCACCUACCUCAGUGAUGUUCCCACCUGUAACCUCUGCGGUCAAGACGUUGCGUACGAGAUGUCAUUCGAGGCGCGGAAAGCUCCCCAGUCCCGAUCGCGAUGUCACCUCGGAUACCAGGGGAUGCUCGCGAUGAACGCAGCAUAUCAGCCCUGCUGAGACGCAGUCAUCGAUCGGUUAUGCUAUGCUCAAAGUUGAAACCGCGGGCAGGACAUCUCGGGAUGACGGGAGUGCGCUAUUCCUGGUCUAUGCAUCCCGUCACAGCCCUGAACGUGUUCGACAGAAGACAAGAGAUUUCGUUCUCGACAUCAACGGAGAUUGUCCAUUUGAUACAGCGUAGAUCACAUAUGCGGCGACAACAAUGCAAGGCUUGCCACGAAAGUUGAGAUCAGGACGAUAUAGCGCCCCUCUGUUCUCUUCGAGUCGCACGCUACGAUCUGCCUUACGGGAUGCCGACAUUCGGGGGCGUCUCGUAUAUCACGCCCAAGGCGCGAGGGAAACGGGACGUUCAUGUUGAGCUUGGUCGUUCCUUGGACGUCACCAUGUCGCGCGGACAACACAAUCGGCGGAUGGAAGACCUCGAUAGAACAGUUUCUGCUGCGCAUCGUUUGGGCGCUAGUGCGGCUACCAGCCUCUCCCGAGGAUCUGUCCCCAGCCGCAGCGGAGCCCUCCCAUUGGCAGGGCCAACGGGCGUGCGUGAAUUUCGUGAAACGCUUCCCUCACUAGAUCCUCCCACACAAAAUGCGCUCUGCCCGUUUAGGUCCGCCAGAAGUGCAGUCUUGCCUUAGUUGGCCAUCAAACUCACACCCAGGAGGCAACGCGCUGGACGCCCGGUGCAGGCGCAGCAUCCGUCUGCUCCCAUGCAGGGUUCGGUAUAUAACGAUCCUGGGUACCGGGGUGGACCUUCGCUGUAUUCCGCUCUUCCUGGCCGAAACCAUGCGCUCGGUUCUGGCACUCGCAGUGAUUCUCGGGUUCUCCUCUCUCAUCGCUGCAAAAGAUGGUGGCCGUGGGAAAGGCAUCGACGAUGGCAACAGCGACAACGACGACGACGGGUCCAGCUCCACGAGCUCCGCGGCAAGCUCGACGGUGACUGGCACUACUGUAUCCGGGGCCGCCGCCGGCUCGAACUCAACGUCGGGCGUGACCACGGGCACGGUGUGCGAGGAUUACAUGUGCAUUAGCGGGACGAUCAAUGGAUCAACAACGACGUACGUGAUGCAAAGUACCGGGAAGGCGAAGUUGGGUUGGAUGGCAGUAGGCUUCGGGCAGACGAUGGCCAACACCCCCAUGGUCAUCAUGUGGCCCAACUCCGACGGGUCCAUCACUGUGUCACAGCGGCAGGCGCCUUCAGAGGUCAUGCCCACGCUCGUGUCGAACCCGCCGCGCGUCGCGACUGCCGAUCAGUCCGGCAGCGAUUUGACCGGGACACAGCCCAAACUGGCUUUUACCAUCGAGACUUCGGGCGGGACGUCACAGCCAAUCAUUUGGGCGUUCAGUGACACAAACCCCGACUCCUCUGCUCAGGAUGCAACAAUCGUACAGCACCUCGACUCCGGACCGACGACACUCGACAUGUCCACGCCCGUGUCGAGCAGUAACACUUCAGAUCCGGUUAGCGACCCCAACGCGAAGACAGGCGACAACUCGACGCCGAUGUUACAGUACCAGAAGAUGAUCGUUGCGCACGCGCUGCUGUGCACGAUCGGGUUCCUGAUCCUGCUCCCAGCGGGCGCGCUCCUGGCGCGCUACACGCGCACUUUCCACAAUGCCUGGUUCAGGGGCCACUGGGUGUUCCAGUUCGCUGUCGCGGGUCCUGUCAUCACCGCGGGCAUUAUAUUGGGCAUUGACGCUGUCGCGACACAGCCGUCGGCACAGUUGGCGGACACGCACAAGAAGCUCGGUCUCGCGCUUUGGAUAAUCUACUAUUUCCAAUGCGUGCUGGGUUUCGUCAUCCAUCGUUGGAAGCCGUUGUCUUGGACUGUCGACAAGAAACGUCCGGCACAGAACUACGGGCAUGCAGUCCUUGGUCUUCUAAUUGUUGCUCUUGCGUUCUAUGAGGUACGCAUUGGAUUCCACCAUGAGUGGGACACCCUCUCUGGAAGACCACCAAUCGGCAAGGGUGCCGACAUCGUUUGGUAUAUCUGGGUUGCGCUCAUUCCGAUCGCAUACUUGGCUGGACUCGCGCUCCUUCCCAAGCAGUUCCGGCAGGAACGUCCCAGCAUGAAGGCCUCCCAGUCAGAGUAUCCCCUGCAAGAAGGUUACACCGACGAGGGCCGCUAUACCGACCGUUUCUGAAAAUAAUCGCCCUCUGACAGAGAAGCAUCUUCGUUUCUUGUCAGUAUGUCUUCGCAUCUUCGCAUGACGCUGAGUCUACGACUAUGAUACCAAGCGUGCGACAUAGGAAGCUGCUCGGAAGCAUUGCUCCGGCUCUGCCUUUGUUCUAGACUACAAUAUCUUGGAUGGACGAUUUAUGAACUUGAUGGCAUGAUAGUUGAUGUCUGGCUAGACUCCUGCUGUAGAGCUCUCUGCGGACAUUCGGUAGGCAUUAUUGUAGCGUAUAUAGUAGUAGUUCGAGGAAAACGGACAUCCUAAUAGAUGCUCAGUAUAUUUGUUUUGCAUCCGG